AUGGCUUGCUUCGAGAUUGUGACGAAACAGGUUGUCGUGCUGGGUGACCGAAGCUGGAUGCCAACCCAAAAGAGUGUCGACGACCGGGUCUUCUGUGCUGUCUCGAAAUGGUCCCCGCAGCUUGUGAAAAUGAUCACAGGCAAACGACUGGACUUGCGGUCCGGCCAAGGGGAAUCAUCGGGGUCGCUGAACAUAAAGCUCUUUGACGAUUUGAUCGAGAAGAGGCAGGCUGCUUGCGACAAGCUGCUGGAAGAGGCCCUGAGGGACGAUGAAGCCGACGACGAGCCCAAGAAGAAGAAAAGCAAGAAGGAUAAGGUGAAGGCUUUGGCCAAGCAUUUGCACCUGUUGCCGGCGAUCGUCGACAUUACGAUCGAUGGCUUUCAGCUGUCGAUCCUCAGCGAGGGCCUGUCUACCGGGAGCAUCUUCGUGGAGAUGCUCUCCGAAAAUUUCAAUUGGCUCAUGGAGCAGGCGAAUCGACAAAUGCCUGUCGAUCGGAAGAAAAGAAGGCACAGCUCCCGGGACAAGACCGAUGCCAGCGAGGAUUCCGACAAGGAGGCCAAGAAGGUUCCAGCGGCGAAAGCCAAGGGCAAGGCCAAGGCAAAAGCUAAGAGCCCGGCCCUGAAGAGCAUCCUGAAUGGCUCCCCGGCCAAGAACCCGGCCCCGAAGGGCAUCGUUGGCUCCCCGGCGAAGGCCAAGAAGUUGGGUGCCACGUCUGCGCCAUGCUUGCUUUUUCAGCUCUUUUGGCUUGUGAAGCUGCCGUGGUUUUUGGGAGUGAUGAUGUCCUUUAGCUUCUUGUCGCGAAGCCUUCCCUCCGCUGUGGAGGCCGAUGUGGUGGAGCGGCUGCAGCUCCACACGGACUUCUCGAAGUCCGGGAGGGGGAAAUACAAGAAUGAUGAAGGCACCACGAUUUCCUGGUCGGCCAAGAUGGGGUGGAAGAUCCUGUCUGUUGGUGACAUGUACUUCAAGCACCCAGACGUGCAGGCCAUGAACGUGCCUGCCAGCCCUGGCGGGUGGCUCUACUGGAACGACGAUGUGGGAGAUUUUAAAGCUUCUGUGAUAUGCCUGGAAGGCCACGAGGAGUCGGACACCGUGGAGGUGGACGUCGAGGAUCCAGCGGCCGAGCCCAGCAUGCCCGACAUGUCAUUGCAACUGCUUUUGCAUGACCCGCCUCCGAAGAGGUACAUGGACCCCGUGCCAAAGACCAAGGCUUUGCCCUCGAACUGGGACGAAGGAGAUCUGAUGCCGGACACGAAGGGCAAAGGGCACUACGUGUCGCUUUCAUCGACGAGCACGGGCAGGCUUGCCUUGGUCUUUGUGAUGGUGCUUCAGGUUUGCCUCUGCUUGCUGCUGGCCCCGUUGCAGGAGUGGGCGGCGGGCAUGGGGAGAAAGAGGGCCCGGACACGUGGUGGCCAAGGUGUCCGGGCACUCCAGGCCCAAGGGGCCUUGGAGGAGUCCCGAAGCCACAUGGAGGACCCUUGCUGCUUGCCAAUCCACGAGAACAGCAAAGCUGAAGACACCGCGAGCCCCGACAUGCAGGACUUGCGGGCCUCCCUCCACACCAUGGGGGUCAUGGCCGAGACGAUGAACCUGCAAGAGAAGCGAUCCCAUGGUUCCUGCCUGGCACCCCUGGUUUGUGGCCUGGAGACCAGGGGAGUCCUGCAUGCUGUGAGCAGCGAAGGACCUGAAAUUGGGGGCAUUUUCCGGCUCGCCGCUUCGGGCACAGAGGGUCAGGGCUACCAGUCCCGAUGGGCUACAGCAGCUCGCUUUGUGCAGAGCAUCUGUGCUAUAUCCGGCCGUGCAAUGGCAGCUGCUUUCCUUCGACAGCUGAACCAGCUCCUCCAGACCCAGCAGCCCAUCAUGGGAGAUCAAUGGACUUCUCUCUUGGCUGCUCAGAGCGAGGUCGCCAUCAGAACGAUUCGUCAAAGCCACAUCACAGUCGAGGAGGGUGCAGAGAUCUGCAGCUUGGUGCAGCAGGGCCUUUGGUCACACGAGCAGAAGCAGGCCCUGGGUGCAGCCGUCUCCCAGACCUUGGCAGGCAGCACUCCAGCAAAUGCCAAGGCCAAGAAGAAGAACCAGGAAAUUCUCAACUUCUGGGGUUUCUUGGGCGCCGAGGACCGGAGAGUUUUGUCCAGCGACGACACCCUCGUCAUGAGGCUGACUCACACUGCUCAGAUAAUGGCUCGACUGGAGAUGUUCUGGCCAUCAGAACAGUCUGUGGGACACAUCAUCAAGACCCUGCAGAGUUGCAACAAUACUGGCUUGCAGAACCCCGACGAGUUCCAUUCGGCUGUCGUGUGCCUCAAGAAGAAGGUGAAGACCAUGCUCAAAGAUGCUUCCUGUGGCGAGUUCGUCGCCAAGUACACUCGGCCUGAGGAUCUUCCACCACACACCCGAGAUCGCUUCGCAGAUGCCUUGGGAGGUGAGCUGCCUGGAACAAUGGUGCUGGCCCGUGAUGCUCUUCGUGGCAGUAACAAAAGCCUCUCUUUCCACAAGAGCAACACUGCCAUGGUGCUGGGUGGUCCAGCAGCAGGCCCGGCAAUGCACAUGCCCCACACCAUGCAGGGUAUGAUGCAGUUCUGGGGCAGCAUGGCAGCUAACAUGUUCAACCAGCAGCAGCAAUUGGCGAAGAAGAACGAUGGAUUGCCUGGGUUGAAAAUCUUCGGCGACCCAGCUGCUGCCGCCUCGUCUGGGACGAUGGCCUCCUCGCCUGCUCAACAGCAGGCCUUGCAGCUUCCUACAGUUACCAAUGAACCGGCACAGGGCAGCGGAACAAAGCAGGCCGAGCAACAGGGAGUGCUGGCCAGCAAGGAUCCUGUCAGUGCUGCACAACAUGCAGAUGAAAUGCUUCAAGCUUGGAAGGGCGACAACAAAGGGUUCGACAGCACCGUCGAGGCCGAGGCCAAGGAAAACGAGGCGAAGCACAAGGCAAAUAAGAAGCCCAAGGCUGCAGCCAAGGCCAAGGGUAAAGCCAAGGCCAAGGCUAAGGCGAAGGCCAAGUGCACGGCCAUGAAGUCCCAGCCCAAAGCAAAGUCGCAGCCCAAGGCGAAGGCCAAGGCUGCUUGCAAGGCGAAGGCGAAGUCGCAGCCGAAGAAGGUCCAGAAGGCUUUGAAGAAGUUCACUCGAGAAGAGGUCCGAUGCAUGACUUUGUCGGCUCGCAUCAAGCUGCGACCCAAUGGGUGUGGCAAGUGUCUCAGUCAGGUCUUGCAGGAACUCAAAGAGCUGCCCGAGUUGCCAUCUGGGACGAGUCGCCGAACACUGAAGCGGGCCCGGGAUGAGAAGACUCGGAGCUACCAAACUGCUUAUGGCGAGAUCCUAUGCGACUUCAAGUGUGUUGCCGAAACUGGUGUGGAGUUUGAAUUUCCUGUCUUGAACCCAGCUGCAAUGCUUGCCUGGGCGACAGAGCGAUGUCGACCAUUUGGCGAGUUCCUGGAGAGGGCCAUGGAUGCCACACCCCCCAGCAUUCUUCAACCAUGGGGAUUGGUGUGGUAUUCCGACGAGCUGGCUCCGGGCAACCAACUCAAGCACUCCAACCGGAGAAAGGUCCAGGCCGUAUAUUGGAGCCUGCUCCCUUUGGGACAGCAUGCAAUGGGUUGCGAAAAUUGCUGGUUCACUCUCUGUGCCAUUCGCAGCUCUCUGGUCGCAGAUCUCGGCGGCAUGACUGUGCUCUUCAGGCAGCUAGCAGCCUUGUUCUUUGAGAGACCUGACUUCAGAAAAGGUCUUGUGUUGCAGUGCCCUGGACAAGCACGUAUGCUCUUUGCCGACUUGAAGAUCAUCAUAUCCGACGAAGCUGCAAUUAAGGCUACCCUUUUCAAUAAAGGAGCCAGUGGGCUCAUAUUCUGUGUUCAAUGCCAAAACGCCGUGGACCACAAAAGCAGCAUUGCUGAAAGGAGUCGGGGCAAUAUGGUGUCCGGCCUGGAAACCGACAUGAGUUGCUUUCGGAUGCACACACCCGAGUCUAUACGAGACACCAUGGACUUCUUGCGAAGGCAAGAGAGGGUCCUCAACAAAGACAGAUUCCUGCAACUCCAAACAGCAAUGGGGUUCAAUUUCAAAGAGGAUGGAUUGCUGGCACAUGCAGCAUACGGGCCUCCGGUCAUCGAGUGUGUGAUGUUCGAUUACUUCCAUGUCUAUUUAGUCAAUGGCAUCUUCAAUGUUCUGACAGGGUUUUUUCUUGGAGAGCUUCACAACCAUGGCUGGAAGCACAAUGACAUUGAUCGCUUCGCAAAUGGUUUUACCUGGCCUUCUCGUUUGCGAGGUGCUGCUGCAAAGGAUAUCUUGCAGAAGCGAAAGCCAAGCGAAACCUUGAAGUGUGGAGCCAGCGAGGCUCUGAACUUUAUGCAGCUGCUGCGACUCUAUGUGCUAGUCUUUGUGCUGCCAAAUUGCAGCAGAGAUAUCCGGGACUCUUGCGAGGUUUGGUUGGCUUUGUGCAAGGUGAUUGAUGCUUUGCAAGCGAUCAAUGCCAAACCUUCAGCAUUUACCCCCCUGCAGUUGCAGCAGCUCAUCAAAAGGCAUCUCGAUCUGGCGAAAAGUCGGUAUGGAGAUGAGUGGUGGGUGCCAAAGUGUCACUUGGCAGGCCAUUUGGCGCUGCAACUGGCCAAGCAUCAGGUCCUCCUCAGCUGCUUUGUGCACGAAAGAAAACAUAAAAUCAUCAAAAAAAUUUCGAAUGAAAUUUUGGAUACAAGCAGAACCUUUGAGAGGAGCAUCCUACAAGAUGUACUCCAUGGUCACAUGGAAAGUCUGGCAGAGGGUGUAUACCUCCCAGGCCAAGGAGUUCGCUUGGUCGACCCUGUGAGACCAGCUCCCGCCAGAUUGCAAACAGAGAUGCACAACACGAUCCGGGUCCAGGGUGAAGUCUUCACAGCCAGGCAGGCAGUGCAUGGAGGAAACUUCACCGUGGCUGUCGGCGACUUGGCCUUGAUGGAUCUGGAUGGGGUCACUGCCGUAAUGUGCGAGAAAGUUGUAUGGUCGCACAUUACCUUCUGGACACAUGUCCAUGGCUGUAUGUAUGAAGUCUCCGACGAUUGUGGCCUCGUGCAAACCCGACUGAUCCGGGCCACAUGCCCUUACAGCAUUUCGGGCAAUGCUGCCAUUGUCGCAGUCCCGCAGGUGUAA